AUUAGUAAAUGUCGAUAUUUCGAGUGAUUUUGUCGUGUAGAUAUGGUGCGUACUGAGGAUCAAGUAAGUAUUACGUAUGGUGUGUCCACUACAUGUGUACUGGUCUCAAAUCUGGACAUUUGCAGUUAUCGUGACACAGGUCAGUAUUAGUAAAUGUCGAUAUUUCGAGUGAUUUUGUCGUGUAGAUAUGGUGCGUACUGAGGAUCAAGUAAGUAUUACGUAUGGUGUGUCCACUACAUGUGUACUGGUCUCAAAUCUGGACAUUUGCAGCUAUCGUGACACAGGUCAGUAUUAGUAAAUGUCGAUAUUUCGAGUGAUUUUGUCGUGUAGAUAUGGUGCGUACUGAGGAUCAAGUAAGUAUUACGUAUGGUGUGUCCACUACAUGUGUACUGGUCUCAAAUCUGGACAUUUGCAGUUAUCGUGACACAGGUCAGUAUUAGUAAAUGUCGAUAUUUCGAGUGAUUUUGUCGUGUAGAUAUGGUGCGUACUGAGGAUCAAGUAAGUAUUACGUAUGGUGUGUCCACUACAUGUGUACUGGUCUCAAAUCUGGACAUUUGCAGUUAUCGUGACACAGAGUAAAACAAUCCUAAAAAACUUCGUACUUCCGCAACAAGAAUGGCACUUAGGCCUACAGGCAGCAGGGGAAUGUCACUGUUAACAACGCCUCUGAAUCAGUCCGAUCCUGAACUCUACCAGCUCAUCCUCAAGGAGAGGCGACGGCAACAAUCCUGCCUCAACAUGAUAGCUUCAGAGAACUAUAUCGCAGUUUCUGUACUACAGUGUCUCAGCUCCUGCCUUGUCACUAAAUACUCUGAGGGUCUUCCAGGCAAAAGAUACUACGCUGGCACCGAGGUUAUAGAUGAAAUUGAGAGAUUGUGUCAAGACAGAGCUUUGAAAACGUUCAACCUAAAUUCUUAUGAGUGGGGCGUCAACGUCCAACCUUACUCAGGGUCUCCUGCAAACCUAGCAGUGUACAUGGCACUACUGCAGCCUCACGAUAGGAUAAUGGGUCUAGACUUGCCUGAUGGUGGUCACCUGAGCCACGGGUUCAUGACUGCGAAGAGGAGAGUUUCGGCGUCUUCAAUCUUCUACGAGUCGAUGCCUUACAAGGUAGAUCCCGUCACUGGGAUGAUAGACUAUGAUAGAUUGGCUGAGAACGCUAGACUUUUCAAACCCAAAGUCAUCAUUGCCGGUAUCAGCUGUUAUUCUCGUGUCCUGAACUAUUCUCGCUUUCGAGAGAUAGCCGACGAACAUGGAGCAUACCUGUUCUCGGAUAUGGCUCAUGUAUCAGGUCUGGUCGCCGGAGGUGUCAUCCCUUCGCCCUUCCCUUACAGCGACGUCGUCAGCACCACCACCCAUAAGACCCUCCGAGGCCCAAAAAGCGGUCUCAUAUUUUAUAGGAAAGGUUUUCGAUCGGUGGGUAAAAGAGGACAGCCAUUAAUGUACGACCUUGAGGAUAGGGUGAACCAGGCAGUUUUCCCUGGUUUACAAGGUGGUCCUCACAAUCAUCAUAUAGCUGGAACCGCCACAACCUUACUGCAGGCGCAGAGUUCUGAGUUCAAAAAAUAUGCUAAGCAAAUAGUACUGAACUCUCAGGCACUCUGCAGAUCGCUGCAGCAGAGGGGUUACCGUAUAGCCACCAACGGAACAGAUGUCCAUUUGCUACUAGUAGACCUGCGAGGUUCAGGGCUUGACGGUGCCAAGGCAGAAUACAUCCUGGAGCAGGUCAACAUCAUCUGCAACAAGAAUACUGUUCCAGGUGAUACGAGUGCUCUGAGACCAAGUGGCUUUCGACUUGGUACUGCCGCCUUGACAACGCAAGGAUUUCUAGAGGUGGAUAUGGAGACAAUUGCUGAGUUUGUUGACUGUGCUCUCAAGAUUGGCCAAGAGGUUUUGGAAGCAUCAGGUUCAAAAUUGUCGGAAUUCAAAAAAGUUGUCUACGCUAAAAGUUUUGCACGAAAAAUAAAAGAACUCAAAAGUAAAGUGCGAAAAUUUGCAGAAGCCUUUUCUAUUCCUUAUUUUCAAUACAACUUAUAAUAUAAUAAAACACAAUAAAUAUAAAAAAA